AUGGCGUCUCCAUACAAAGCUCGACAAAGGUACGUCCAAACUUCACUUUCCUUUAAGUAGUGAGUUGACGCAACAGGACGGCAGGAAGAAUGACAGGGCUAUUAUUCUGUAUUUUGUGUUUUGUCGUGAUCUUCACUUAACACCAAUGUUUUCUGGUCGUCAAUAAAAAGAUCUGUUUAAAGGAGAGGAAAGAGGACGGAAAACCUUGUGUGACAAGCGUGAAUAAAAUUUUGUUUGAAACAACUUUUCUCCAAACUUCCCUUUCCUUUAAAUAGAUCUUUUCGUAAAGGACCAGAAAACAUUGGUGUUAAGUGAACAUCACGAGAAAACACGCAAGUGCAAUAUGUAAUAGCCCUGUCACAUUUGUCACAAACAUGUGUUUUGCCCUCCUAUUCUAUCUUCCUGCCGUCCUGUUGCGUCAACUCACUACAGUCGACUUCCGAUAACUCGAACCUUCAAGGGAAAUCAGAAAAAGGUUCGAGUUAUCGGUAGUUUGAAGAAAAUAGCCGAGAGUAAGGUAAAAAACAGUUUUUACUGCACAGUGAACAUUUUAAUCAAAUUUAAUUGUAGAAAUGUCAAGUGAAAAUUAAAAGGUACUUCUAGAUUAUAAAUCAGAACGUAACGUAACAAAACAUGGCCAAAAUAGAGCAUGGGUUUUACUGUUUUGAGAAGAAAAGCUGCUUCAUGUUAGCCUGUGACAAUCAACAUCAGCCUUCACUAGUAAACUAUACUCCUACAACACGUCAUUAGGAAAUCCAAAAUUCAAUGUUUCGGACGCCCGUGGACGGCUUUUUUCCCGACUUUUUACGGGCUCAAAACACGGUUCGAGUUAUCUAGGGUAAAAUUAUAUAGAAAAUGACCUGAGGGGAAACGAAAAUUGGUUCGAGUUAGCGGCAGCAGUUCGAGUUGUCGAGGGUUCGAGUUACCGAGGGUAAAAUUACAGUGAAUGUAUGACGGAAAUCCAGGGGAAAUCGAUUUUGGUUCGAGUUAACGCGAGGUUCGAGUUAGCGAGGGUUCGAGUUAUCGGGAGUCGACUGUAUUUAAAGGAAAGUGAAGUUUGGAGAAGAGUUGUUUCAAAAACAAUUUUUGUUAUGCUUGUCACACAAGGUUUGCCGUCUUCUUUCCUCUCCUGUCCUGUUGCGUAGGUUCACUAUUAGGCUGAUUUAGCAACAGAACGGGAACGUCAGUUGACGACGGCGCGCGCAAAUCAAACAACUGGCUUGACCAAUGGCAGAGCGACAAAUUGAGCACCGGAAGUCGUGUUUAGUCCUUUCCGCGCGCUUUCCCGUCGUCAACUGACGUUCCCAUCCUGUUGCUAAAUCAGCCUAUUGUCAAGAACAUGACGGAAAAUUAAAAAGAAGUGAAUACCCUUGGUAAAACUAUUAUCGGAGUUAACAUCACAAAGUAGCGGGUAUCUUCCAGGCCCUCCCGGUCCAGAAAGGAUACCUGGGUAAAAGAGGACCAAAAGGAAACCCUGGAAAUAAAGGAGAUCAGGGUAUUGUGGGAUCGCCUGGAAAAUUAUGCAAGCUAGGAAUCAUGGGACCCGUGGGUCCGAAGUGUGAUGCUGGACGCAAGGGACAAAAAGGAGACAUGGGACCUGCAGGCAUGCCGGGAGCUAAAGGAGAACCUGGUGAAUCGACUUCAGCUCCUUUAUUAUUGCUGUUUCCUCCAAAAUACUGA